AUGGAGAGAAUCCGUUUCAUCCUUAGCACUUCAGCUGACUUCUUCAGCGCUUCUCAAGCCACCGAUGAGUCUACUGUAAGAGCCUUCUUUGAGAGCGAGGAAAUCACUCUGCUUGCUGCCACUGCUCAUGAGAAGAAGAUUAUAUUUCAUCAUAGGAUUCCUCAGGAUUGUGACAAUUGCCUUCUCUACUACAAAAUCCCAAAGCUGAGCAAGAGUGUCCAAGAAGACUCCGGAAGCGCCUCAAUUGGUCUUCUAUCGCUUGAGGGCGGAAUGGUGAAGUCAAUGUACAAUUCUGUGGCCAGGAUCUUCUCCCCAAAUGUGUCUCAACGAUCAAUUUACACUCCUGAAGUGGCCAACAUCCUUGACACUCUUCAAAUUACUCUUGGCUCAUCUCUGGGUUUCCCUGAGUCUGGGAUUAUAUCUCUCCAUGAUGAAGUUAACUAUUGGCAGCAGAAAUCUACUCAAUCCUCAACGAAAUCCGACAGAGACAAAGCCAAAUCCUUCGCCAAUCUUCUCGAGAAGCUCGACAGCGAGAUCAGAAGGGAAGAUAUACGCAUUCUGAGCAAUCUUGAGGAGUUCCUAGACAAUGCGCAUACCACACUCGACGAAGUGUGGCGCCUUCCAGGACACUUUCCACAAAACCGCAUGGCAGACGUGAUGGAUGUGAUUUGUCUCAAUAUCCUGGAGAUCUGCAUUGAUAAUCUCACAGGAGAAGAUGUGUGGAGUUUGGACAAUAUUCACGUGAGCACUGCUUUUGCCCACAUCGGAGAACUUGCUGGUAAUUGGAUCCAGAUCUGUGACUCCCUGACGAGGCUCUUCUGGCCAAAUUACGCCCAACAUCCUUGGCUGGGAGAGUCACACGUCCCCCGUCAAGCAAAGGCCUUCACUGCCCGCCUUGAGGAGGUGAAGAACAUCAAGAAUCUCUACCGACAGAUCGUGACUCUCUUCACUGACAACACACACUUGAUAGACUCUGUUAAUAGGAUGUUCCAACCAUUUAGGAAUCUCAAUAUUCUGGAUAUUCAACCCCUCGGAGAGAAGCGCUGGCGUUCAGCCUUGAUGCACUUUGAGAAGAUUCUCGAGCCAAUUGAUGAAAAGAUCGCCAACGUGCUGAAAGGAAAGCUUCAUCGUCAUCUGGACAAUCCACGCCAAGUGGUUCAUAUCUUCUCAAAGUUCGACAUCAUCUCGACGCGCCCGAUGGUAUUGGAACUGCUCACGGCGGAAAGAGAGCACUUCUUGCAAUCCCUCCAAUUCCUCAUCAAGGACCUGCAAGUGGCUCUGGCGCAGAGUGGAGAUUCUGUGCAUGAGAACAGCCACAUCUCGCCGAUUUGCUGGGAAUGUCGCUGGCUUCGAGUGGUUGAGCACCAAAUAGAUGAGAUAAGCAAAAUUUCCCAUGUUGUCGCGAAUCAGGAAAAUCAUGCGAAUGUCUUCAAGCAAUUGACCGAUUUAAGAGCAGAAACCCAGAAUCUUUUGAAAGUGAACUUCGAUUCCUGGUGCGAACAAUCCCUGGCGGCUGUGAAGAGUGGCGAAUUGACGAUCAGAGACGACAGAUCAGUUGUGGAAUUCGAAAAGACAGGCCGACAGCUCAUGAGAGUCACAUUCAAUGCAAAACUGAUUUCUUUCUGUUACGAUGUCAAGGAGUUUGAAAGGCAGGGAUAUAAAAUUCCUCUAGAACUCAGAGAUUCCGCAUCACAUGCUGUUAAGUUCAUCUCAUAUGCUAGACUCUUGCAGCAAGUAGCGACUUUCCACAAUACGAUAGGCGAUAGAAUGAUUCCUUGCCAGCGACCGAUAAUGCUGAAGAACGCCGUCGAGUUAUCCAAUCUCGUUCGCAGUGAAUCCGUGGCGUGGAACGACGAGGAAUCCGUCAAAAGAUACAUUGGAGUCCUGCAAGGAGCUGUGCAAAAGCUAUCUAAAGACAACGCAAUCCUAGCAGGAUAUCAUGAACAGGCCAAGAGAAUCAUCGUGAAGCUCAUGUCGACGGAUUUGCAGCGACAGGCGCAAAUCUGGAAGGAUGAAAUGCGUCACUUGAGAGAUCUGGUUGCUCAGAUUGAGAGUCAAGGUUACACAAAUCUCGACGCAUUCAAACUUCACCUCGAUCAUCAGCUGUACAAAGUCCUGGAGUAUCAGUACGUCUCUGGUGUGCUCAAUCUCAACAAUAAACUGCCUGACAUUUACGUGGACAUCGUAUUCAGACAGCAACAACUACAAUUCCGACCGCCUCUGGAGGAAAUCCGGGCGAAGUACUUCCUUCAACUGAGGAGAUUCAUCGAGCGUCCGCUGAACUUCCGUGGCCUCUCAGAGCGCAGCGGCGAUCUCUUCAAAGUCAUGGUGGAACGCAACAGACACUACUUCGGCUCGGUCUAUCACAAGGCUGAAGAUCUGUUCAGGAAUCUGAAGCGCCACAAGGAUUCCUGGUUCUCCUGGGUCGCGCUUGGCUGUGUGGAUCUCGAAGAGCUCUGCAAGAUCCACCUCUCCACAUGGCAGGAUUGGGACAGGAACUUCCGCUCUUGCAAGCACUUCAGUCAGCAAGUGGCGAAGAUCCAGAACUCUGAGGAGAGAAUUGACUGCAUUGUCAUCAAUCUCUCACCACUGAGAUCGGACAUUGAGUUCAUCAGCCGAAGAUACUGGGAAGCAUUGACUAACAGCUUGAGAUCAUCCAUUCUGGAGGACAUCUCGGUUCUUGAGGAUUUCCUUCACACCUCUUUGCAAGUCCUACAGAAUAUUCCUCUGGAUGAGAACGGAAUCUCUGAAGCUGGCGCGAAGUAUGAAAAAAUCACCAGUGAACUGCCCAAAAUGACGGAAUUGAUUAAAUCCGUGCAGGGAAAGGACACUUGCUUGGCAGGAUGGUGCAAAGAGCGAGUCACAUCGUUGGCAAAUCUCCUUGUCGGCUGGGAUCAGUUGCAACCCUUGAUAGACAAUCAUCACACAGUGCUGCAGAGGCAGAUCGACAUCAUGAAGGAUCAUCUCACGGGACAGAUUGAGAAUCUCACCGAGGAAGCUGAGAAAUUCCUCAUCCGUUGGGAAGCCACUCUCGCCGAAAUGGAGGCGAACGAGAAAGCGGAUCUGAGCAUUUUCCGGGAGCGCCAGCAACAAUGGGAGGCUUUGAAGGAGAAGAAGGAACACCUUCAGGCCAACUGUGAGAAAUUUAAUGUCCCCCUUCCAGAGAAAGUCGAGGAAUCCUUUAAGAAAGUCCAAAAUGAUGUCACGGAGUUGGGAAAACAGUGGGAGCACUUUGAGAGAUUCAUGAAAGAGUUUGAUGAGAUUGGCGCUGAAGAGUGGACAGUGUACAGACGAAGACCUUACAUCCUCACAGACUUCCUCGGCAAGUGGAAGAACGAUCAGUCGAUUCCCGUCACAUCGGCCACCACGAGGAUUCACCAGAUGAUAGAAAUGUGCCAGAAUCUCGUGCCGGUGCUGCAGAAUCUUCAAUCCGACGCCCUGACUGAGAAACAUUGGGCCAGAAUCUUUCAUCUGCUGGGAAAAUCACCUAAACCGACACAUGAUAUCCUCCUGAAGGACAUUCUCAGCUCUGGCGAGACACUCUCACAGCAAACGCCUGAGAUUCAGGGUAUUGUUCGGCAGGCGUCGUCUGAACAGAUUGUGCGCCAAGCCCUCACCGAGCUGGAACAAUGGGGAGUCACUGCAUCCUUGAAAUUGACUUCCCACAAGGAUUCCAAAGGAGAAGGCGUGUCCCUGAUCCGAGAUUUCCAAGAGAUCCUCAACAAAAUCGGUGAUAAUCAGUGUCUUUUGCAGUCCGCCAAGAACUCUGCCGCCUUUGAGGCAUUCUCUGACCAAGCUGAGAUUUGGGAGAGUCGUCUGGCCACACUCGAUCGUAUCCUGAGCAGCUUGAGUCAAAUCCAGAGGAAAUGGAUCUACCUCGAGCCCAUCUUUAGCGGCGGUACUCUGAGAAGUGAAGAAGUGAUCUUCUUGAGAAUAGACAAGGAUUUCCGCUACAUCAUGCGUGAAAUUGUUCAGGAUCCUCGAGCUCUCAGCGUCGUGAAGAUCUCCAACAUAGCAAAUGUAAUUGAGUCCCUGGAGAAUCAGCUGUCUCGCUGCCAAAACACCUUGACAGCCUACAUCACCAGCAAGAGAAAUGCAUUUCCGAGAUUUUAUUUCCUCGGCGACGAUGAUCUUCUGGAAAUCCUCGGCCAGGCAUCUAAGGAAAUUAUUCUGCAGAAGCACAUCAAGAAAUUAUUUCCAGGAGUUCAUCACUUGGGCAUCAGUCCAAAGGACGGAGAGCUCUUCAUCGACGGCAUCCAUAGUGCAGAAGAAGAUGCAGUUUCGCUCAGGAAUGUCAUUCACAUCAGCGGUCCAGUUGAAGAUUGGCUCAAUCAGCUGGUGAUGGAAAUCAAAUUCACACUCCGAGAAUUGGUAAGAAGAUGCGUGGAAAUCAAGGACUUCUCUGAAGAACACAUCGCUGGAUUUCCCAUACAAGUUCUCACUCUGGCCAGAGCCAUCAACUUCACUCGCGCCACGGAGAAAGCUAUCACAUCCAUGAGCAUUGGAAAUCUUCUCAAGUCCACAAGAGCAGACAUUGAACGAUUUACUCUGUUGGCCGGCAAGACGCAAUCAUCUCUAACUCAACUCAAGAUUCGCUCGCUGCUUGUUGAUCUCGUUCAUCACGCCACAAUCCUCGAAGAUCUGCAACGAAACAACGUCACGAACAUCCAAGAUUGGAUGUGGCUGCAACAACUCAAGUUCUACAUCGACCGCAAUUCAGCAACAGUGACAUCGAGGAUGGUUUACACGGAGUUUGAAUAUUCUUACGAGUUCCUGGGAAAUCCCAGUAAACUCGUUAACACCUCUCUGACCCACAGAUGCUAUUUAACGCUCACGCAGUCAAUGCAUCUGGGGUUGGGUGGGAAUCCCUUCGGGCCAGCGGGAACAGGCAAGACAGAGUGCGUGAAGGCACUGGGAGCGAUGCUAGGAAGACUAGUUCUUGUCUUCAACUGCAAUGAAAAUGUCGAUAGUGCUGCUAUUGGCUUAAUUCUAUCAGGACUGGCCAGAUGUGGAGCUUUCGGAUGCUUUGACGAAUUCAAUCGUCUGCAGGAAGCCACUCUAUCAGCCAUUUCAAUGCAGAUUCAACCUCUCCAGCAAGCACUAAAAGAGAAACGCGACACAGUCACGAUUCUUGACGAACCCAUCCCUUUGAAUCCACAUUGUGGAAUCUUCGUAACACUGAAUCCAGCUGGAGAAGAAUAUGGUGGUCGUCAGAAGCUUCCGGCUAAUAUUCAGAGUCUCUUCAGGCCAAUUGUGAUGCAGGAACCAAAACCGAAAGAAAUCGCACGAGUUCUACUCUUCGUCGAAGGCUUCGAGAAUGCGGAUGAGAUCGGAGAACGCAUGGUGGAACUCUUCACGUUGGCGAGGAAAAUCCUAUCUCCUCAGCGUCACUACGAUUGGGGCUUGAGAGAACUGAAGACAGUGCUAACAGCUUGUGGAAAAUCCCUAAGAGAAAGGAGAUCAACAAGUCUUUCAGUCCAGGAAGAAAUGGAGAUUGCUGUGCAUGCAGUUAGAUCGAAUACCAUGUCAAAACUCACCUUGGCAGACUGCAAACUCUUCGAUGCUCUCAUAGAGGACGUGUUUCCAAAUAUCGGAGUGACAGAUUUUAGAGAAAAAGACCUACAAAAUGCUCUUCAAGAGAGCUUCAAGAGUGUUGGAUUGAUAGCAAAUGAGAGACAAGUGGAAAAGUGCAUGGAAUUGCAAGAGCAGUUGUCCAAGAGAAUGGGAGUUGUUGUGGUUGGACCACCGGCUUCGGGGAAAACGACUCUGAUCACAAUCCUGAAGCAAGCUCUGAUGAGUCUGGGUCGAGUGAUUAGAACCUACACGAUUGCUCCCAAAAGUAUGAGCAGAAAACUCCUUCUAGGUCACCUGGAUCCCGACACAAGACAGUGGAAUGACGGAGUUCUCACCACAACAGCUGUGGCUGUAAACUCUGAGGACUCUUCCAUCCAAUCUUGGAUCAUUUGCGAUGGCGAUGUUGAUCCUGAGUGGAUUGAAGCGCUCAAUUCAGUGCUGGAUGACAACAAACUCCUUACUUUGCCGUCUGGAUGGCGAAUUCAGUUCGGGAACAAUGUGAACUUUAUCUUUGAGACCCAUGAUCUCAGUCACGCAUCUCCAGCAACAAUAUCGCGCAUGGGCAUAAUCAAUCUGAGUGCCAGAGAUCUUCCUGGUGAUUUACUCCUGCAAGCCUGGCUUCUUAAGCAGACAAACGAAGAGAUCUUGAAGCGUUUUCUGGAUCAAUACCUCCGGAGAGGAAUAACAUGGAUUGAUAAGAAUGUCUCUAGACCUGUUGCAACUGCAUCCAACAACAUGAUUCUCUGUGCUCUUCAGGCUGUUACAGACACAGCGAGCAAGGAUGAGUUCUGCGUUCAAUUGGUGCAAGGCUUGGGAGCGUCUUUAACAGUUGAAGCCAGAAGAAAGUUUUCUCAGCAGAUCUUCGAAUGGGCAGACAUUUAUCUGGCCAACAGAUCGGACGCCGAGCUUGUAAGUUACAAUAACUUUCGCGACACUAUUGAAGUUCAUGAACUUGAAGGCACCGCAGGAUCUACAAGUCUUAUUAAGACUCCAAUCGCUAAGGCGAACAUAGAUGUCCUGCGGCACUUCUUGAAGGGAGAUUCCAGGGCUCCUUUCCUGGUCGUAGGUCCAGCAGGAUGCGGCAAAACUCUUCUGCUGGAAACCACAGUUGCUGAAUUUGCGGGUUAUCAACUCGUCACGAUCAAUUGCAGUGCUCAACUGACCGUGAGUUAUGUUCUUUACGUUCUCAAGCAACAUUUUCUCGUGAUCUCUGGCAUUCGUGGGCGGGAAUAUAAGCCCAAAUUCAACAGAAUAGUCGUCUACCUUCGCAAUAUUCACUUGUGCCCAGUGGAUGAGUGGGGAACAUCUGAAGUGGUUGAGCUGCUUCUGCAAUUGAUUCAACGAAGUGGUUUCUAUGCUGACACUUUGGAAUGGAUAAGCGUGACUGGACUGCAAGUUUGUGGAUCAUUCUCCAGCACUUUCAAGUCUUCACUCUCGCCAAGAUUCUUAUCAGUCACGCGUUUCCUCGUGAUGGAUUAUCCUAGCGAAAAGGACAUGAAUGUUAUUGUGGAGAAUCAAUUUUCACCCAUCUUUUCGCGCUUCAAAACAUCCAAGGUUCGGAUGGAGAAGAUCGCUGAAGCCAUCAUUGCAAUAUACCAAGAAAUUAAGACCUCCUUCACAAUUGAUCAGCGAAGUCACUACGUUUUCACGCCAAAGAUGAUCACGAGAUUGCUUUCAAACUUAUCAUGCUAUCCUGCUGAGAAUCUCCCAGAAGCGCUUCACCAUGAAGCUUGUCGAAUGCUUAGAGAUCGACUGACUUCUGAUGAAGAAAUCGUUCAAUUCGAUGAGAUUUUUUCCUCUGCAACCAGACAAUUUUAUUCCCCGCCCAGCAAGAGCGUUUUCUUCGUUCCAUCUUCGGUCAAAACCACCCAACUUCAGAGUGCCCUUGCUGAGGAAUUUCUUGAUAGAGUCCAGAGAUCAAUUGGAAUCUGCAACUCCGAACACAUUGCGAUCGAUUCUCCAAUCACAGAUCAACUCUUGACAACAGUUGCAGCGAUUUGUCGCGUGAUUUGUCGUCCGGAAACUCACAUGGUGAUCGCGGGGUUAUCAGGAUCAGGACGAAGAGAGUGUUUGUACAUUGCUGGAGUUCUUCUUCAAACGAAAAUCCACACUUUGCAGGCCAGUUCGAAUUACUCCAUUGGAGACUUCUUUAGUGAUCUCAAGAUUGCCAUGCAAUCCGCUGCUCUGGAGGAUCAGAACACAGUUCUUCUCAUCGAUCACACCUGGAUAGAGUUCCUGCCGACGAUCCUGGAGCCAAUUGAGGCACUCUUGGAGGGGAGUGAAGUGCCAGACAUCUUUGGUGAUGAUCUUGAAACCAUAGCAAAUCCGCUCAGGAGCGCAGCUCAACUAGAAGGAUAUCAGGAAUCCUUGGCUUCAUAUUUUCUGAAACGUGUUGGUCAGAAUCUCCAUUUGAUCAUCAGUCUUGAGAGUUCAUCUCCCAACAUAGAUGAACUGUUCACGAAGUAUCCUUCGCUGUACAGAAAUGCUGAGAUCUUUUUCCUUCAUCCACUCUCUUCAGAGGAUCUCGAGAAGUAUUCGAAGAAUUAUCCAGAAUCUGUGGAGAACUUUAAGGAAUUCCCAGUUCCUAAGUACUUCUCGGAAGUGCUUACAACAAGUGGAAAGUGGAAUCAAUCUCCACAGAGGAUGAAACAAUUGAUCAUUGGAUACAAGAAGAUCUCAUUCUCAUGGUCAAAGAGAAUCUCAUCCCGGAUGGAGAACUUGAAGGCCGGUGUAGAGAAGCUCUCGUCAGCUUAUAGCGUUGUGGCAUCUCUGAAGAAUGAAGCGACACAGCAAGAAGAGGCAGUUACUGAGAAAAGACGCCUCGCGGCUGAAUCUUUAGAAAUGAUCUCCGCAACAAUGCGAUCAGCUACCGAUCAGAGAACAGAUUUGCUGGAGUUGAAGCAAAAAACUGAGGAAAGUAGUCGCGCUUUGGUGGAGAGAAAGAAGGCGAUUGAACUGGAACUUAAAGAAGUCGAACCGUUGCUUAAAGAAGCGAUCGCAGCUGUUGGACAGAUCAAAACUGAAGCUCUGUCUGAGAUUCGUUCCUUAAGAGCGCCUCCAGAGACUAUAAGGGACAUUCUCGAGGGCGUUCUUAGAUUGAUGGGAAUCAGAGACACUUCUUGGAACAGCAUGAAAACAUUCCUGGCCAAAAGAGGCGUCAAAGAAGACAUAAGAUCUCUCGAUCCUGCGAGAAUCGCUCCAGAAAAUUAUCAAGCGGUCGAGAAACUUCUUAUCGCGAAGGCGGAAUCUUUCGAAAUAAAGAAUGCCAAGAGAGCAUCAGCAGCUGCAGCUCCUCUGGCCUCUUGGGUCAUCGCUAAUGUCCAGUAUGCCAAAGUGGUGCAGAGUGUCAAGCCUCUAGAGAGAGAGCAGAAUGAACUGAAGCGAAAUCUCGACGAGGCAGAGACACAGAUGAAAUCCCUCAUGUCAGGACUCGAUGAUGUGGAUUCCAGAGUGAAGGAGCUCUCCAAUCAACUCAAUAUGUACACCCAGGAAGCUGCAGUGCUGGAGAUCAAGCUCAAUGAUGUCCGGAGCACUCUGGCAUCGGCGGAGACUCUGGUGGACAAGUUGAGUUCUGAGUAUCGCAGUUGGAGUGAGCAAAUGCAAGAGUUGCAGGAAGAAUUGGACUCUCUAUCGAUAAAGGCCUUCUUGGUCAGUCUCUCCAUCAAUUUUUUGAGUCAUUUAUAUCUGGAAGAGCGCUCUCAGGUGCUUAGCACAGUCAUACAAACUACAGAAUUGCCUCCAUUCGAUCUUACGCAGAAUCUAGUGACUGAACAGGAGAAAAUCAUGUGGGAAAGUAUGGGACUCACUCCAGACGCUCAAUCCCUCCAGAAUGCUGGUCUCCUGACCAAGAUUCUCUCCCUUCCUCUUCGGGAUUCUCCAAUUCCUCUCCUCUUGGAUCCUUCAGGAAAUAGCUUGCAGUGGUUUAUUGCCUUCCUCCGCACCCACGAAAAGUCCUUCGAAGUCUCAUCGCAGAGCGCCGAGAGAUUUGCAUACACUCUCGAACUUGCCAUUCGGUUCGGGAAGAUUCUCAUUGUCCGGGAUGUGGAGAUCUUCCUUCCAUCUCUCCUCUCAGUCAUCAUCUCGAAAAUCCACGUGCGCUUCAAUAAGAAACUCCUUCAGGUUGGCAACAAAUUGAUCGACUUGCACGACGAUUUCCACUUGAUUCUCACUACAAGUCUGGAUAAAUUCCAUCUCAGUGCAGAUAUUGAAGCUCUGGUCAGUCCAAUUCCCUUCACCACAACCAUCAGUGGACUAACGGACCAACUGAUGAGCAAGAGUAUCCUUUUGAAGAGGCCAGAUCUCGAGGAGAAGCGCAUAAAACUCUUACAAAGCGAAGGAAGCAUGCUGAAGGAGAGAGAAAAGCUUCAAGAGCGUCUUUUGCAGGAACUUUCCACAGCCCAAGGAGAUAUUCUGAAGAAUGAGAAACUUAUCUCUAGUCUGAACGCUGUGAAGGAGAGCAGUGAGUCGAUUGAUGCAUCUUUGAGGGAAUCCACAGCCGUCCGGAAGAAACUUAUGGAGGAUUACAGCAAAUAUCAGAGCCUCUGUGCGAAAUCUGCACACUUUUUCAUGGGAAUCGCCGGCAUUUAUCCACUCUCCGUCAAUCUCUUCUCAGAUCUCUUCACUGAAACUCUCGGCAAGGAGGCUGAGUAUGAUGAGGAGAGGAUCUUCUCCCAACUCAUUCAUCGAGUGUACAUGAAUCUCUCCAGAAGUGUAUCCAAGCAGAAUUAUCUCGAGUUAGCGCUUCACAUUUGCAAGAACGCCUAUCCGGACAAAGUGCCUGAGAAGGAGUGGGAGUUGUUCAUAACCAACUUCAUCUCCACUGAAGACUCUUCUGGAUACCACUUUCCCGAGUGGCUCAAGCGGGAACUCAUCCCGAAGUUGACCACUCUGAGAUCGUCUCACGUGAAGCUCUAUGAAGUGCUGCAACUUGAGAAUCGCGAUCUCUGGAGUAAUUUCAUGGGAGGAGGAAAAGCCGAGCUUCCGGUCAGAGUCAGUGACUUUCAGAGGAUUCUCAUCACCCAGAUUUUGAGGCCAGAUCUCAUGAUGCAGGCUAUUCGAGAGUCCGUGACCCGAAUUCUGGGCUUCAACACAAUGUCAGUCGUUCAGCCUUCGAUUGGCCAACUCGCUCAGGAAGCGAAGAGUGAUAAACCCAUCCUGAUAAUCAGCUCUACAGGCACUGAUCCGUCCAAGGAUCUCCGUGGCUUUGUCACUGAGAAGAUGCAACCUGAAAAGUUCGUGGAAAUCUCCGUGGGAAAAGGUCAGGAGCAGCACAGCAUUCUGGCUCUUAGACGAGCUGCAGAAUCUGGCACUUGGAUCUGCCUCAAGAACAUCCAUCUCCUGCCCAAGUGGAUAAAGACCCUGGAGACAGAACUCGCCUCUCUGUCACCCCACAAAGACUUCAGAUUGUGGCUGAUCUGUGAAUCAACUCAAGACUUCUCGGAAGCUUUCGUGUCCAAAUGCCUAAAGCUGCUCUUUGAACUCCCGAAUGGAGUGAAAUUUAAAGUGCAGCGCCUUCUGAAGCAGUGGGAGACUCUCAUGACAUCCAAGCGAGACCCCAGACUCGUCAAGCUCUUCUUUACGCUACUCCUGUUGAAUGCGGUGCUUCAGGAGCGCCGAAAUUACAUUCCUCAGGGCUUCACGAAGUGGUAUGACUUCAGUGAGUCAGAUUUGAGGGCCGGAAUUGACUGUGUCAAGUGGAUGGAGACUACUUUUGCCGUAAAGAUGGAAUGGCCAAUUCUCCACGGACUCCUGGACUGCAUUGCGUUUGGCGGACGCAUCGACAACGUCCAGGAUCAUCAGGUUCUUCUGUAUCACCUGCGAGACUUCUUCGGCGAUGCACUCUUAACUAGUCGCUGGAUUCCACCCAAUUUCACAAAGCCCGCUCCUCAGAGCACCAGCAUUCAGGACUACUACAACUUCAUCCAUGGGCUCACUGACGCUGACGAUCCUGAACUCUUUGGCCUCGCCGCAACCACCAACGUUUCGCGGGAUCUCCUCUACUGUCGCAAUCUGCUGAAGCACCUCCGAAGCACUUACUACAAAAUAGACGAUCAGGAGAACCUAGAGAAGCGAAUACGACCAAUCCUGGCCACUUGGAAGAAGCUCGUGUCGGGAUCAACUCUCAUGGAAACAUGCCAGAACAUCCCAGAAGAUGAUCACAAUUCAGAUCCUUGGAUCACGUUUAUCCUCUCUGAAAUACGUCUCGCCGGUAAUCUAUUCUCUACGAUUCACGGAAUGCUGACAAAUCUGCAUAACUCCAUCAGAGAGUCGGGCACCGAAAUGUCUCCGUCCGAGAGAGCAGCUCUGCAGAUCCUCUGCGAGAAUCAAGUGCCGCUGCAGUGGCGCAAGCUUUGGUUAGGACCUCGUCUGGCCACUGAGUACAUGAAAGCCGUGUCCGUGCGUGCUCACGAGGCCGAGAGGCGCAUGCAAGCACGCGGCGCCGCAUCCGGUUGGCCAGAAGCGAUUGACUUCGCGACGGUGUUCAGCUUGGAGAGCUUCCUGGCCAGUUUGAAGCUCGCCACAGCACGCAAGCGCUCCACGUCCACGUGUCACCUCACCUUCCACGCGACCUUCGAUGUAGGCGAGACUCUGGAGGAGCCCAGCGUCUCCGUGGCACCCCUGCUAAUCGAUGGCGCCGCCCUGCGAGGUGGCCGCCUGGCGUUCGCGUCUAGACGCACCGACGACACUCGCACGCCACACUUUCGCAUCACGUACACGAGCGAGGCGGCAACAGGUGGUGCUUCAGCCGGAAUCCCCAUUCCACUGUACGCCAACUCCAACCGGGAGCGCGCUCUCGGCAGGAUUGCAGUCGCCACGGCGGACGCAGAAGCUCCCGACGCGCUGGCCACAUACGCUGGCGUCGCACUCGUGGUGCCAGACGCUCCCCUCUAA